UAUGGCCGGCGACAUUAGCUAGCGCUCGCUCUACUCUCUCUAACGGGGAAACAGCGGACUACAAGAGACUGAACUGUAUCUGCCUCUAUUUCCAACAGACUCACGUUCAACUUUCGCUCACAAAAAAAAAAAAAAAGCCGGGAAAAUUUUAUUAAUCCUUUUUUUAAAAAAAGUUAAUAUAAAAUUAUAGCAAAAAAAAAAAAAAAGGAACCUGAACUUUAGUAACACAGCUGGAACAAUCCGCAGCGGCGGCGGCAGCGGCGGGAGAAGAGAUUUAAUUUAGUUGAUUUUCUGUGGUUGUUGGUUGUUCGCUAGUCUCACGGUGAUGGAAGCUGCACAUUUUUUCGAAGGGACCGAGAAGCUGCUGGAGGUUUGGUUCUCCAGGCAGCAACCCGACGCAAACCAAGGAUCUGGGGAUCUUCGCACCAUCCCAAGAUCCGAGUGGGACAUACUUUUGAAGGAUGUGCAAUGUUCAAUCAUAAGUGUGACAAAAACUGACAAGCAGGAAGCUUAUGUACUCAGUGAGAGUAGCAUGUUUGUCUCCAAGAGACGUUUCAUUUUGAAGACAUGUGGUACCACCCUCUUGCUGAAAGCACUGGUUCCCCUGUUGAAACUUGCUAGGGAUUACAGUGGGUUUGACUCAAUUCAAAGCUUCUUUUAUUCUCGUAAGAAUUUCAUGAAGCCUUCUCACCAAGGGUACCCACACCGGAAUUUCCAGGAAGAAAUAGAGUUUCUUAAUGCAAUUUUCCCAAAUGGAGCAGCAUAUUGUAUGGGACGUAUGAAUUCUGACUGUUGGUACUUGUAUACUUUGGAUUUCCCAGAGACUCGGGUAAUCAGUCAGCCAGAUCAAACCCUGGAAAUUCUGAUGAGUGAGCUUGACCCAGCAGUUAUGGACCAGUUCUACAUGAAAGAUGGUGUUACUGCAAAGGAUGUCACUCGUGAGAGUGGAAUUCGUGACCUGAUACCAGGUUCUGUCAUUGAUGCCACACUGUUCAAUCCUUGUGGGUAUUCGAUGAAUGGAAUGAAAUCGGAUGGAACUUAUUGGACUAUUCACAUCACUCCAGAACCAGAAUUUUCUUAUGUUAGCUUUGAAACAAACUUAAGUCAGACCUCCUAUGAUGACCUGAUCAGGAAAGUUGUGGAAGUCUUCAAGCCAGGAAAAUUUGUGACCACCCUGUUUGUAAAUCAGAGUUCUAAAUGUCGCACAGUGCUUUCUUCGCCCCAGAAGAUUGAAGGCUUUAAACGUCUUGAUUGCCAGAGCGCUAUGUUCAAUGAUUACAAUUUUGUUUUUACCAGUUUUGCUAAGAAGCAGCAACAACAGCAGAGUUGAUUAAUAAAAAUGAAGAAAAAACGCAAAAAGAGAACACACAUAGAAGGAGGUGGUGGCUGCUUUUUAGAUAUUGAUACCGGGGGCCGUGCUUUCCAUAACCACCACCUUGUAGCUGCAGAAAGCCCUAGAUGUAAUGAUAGUGUAAUCAUUUUGAAUUGUAUGCAUUAUUAUAUCAAGGAGUUAGAUAUCUUGCAUGAAUGCUCUCUUCUGUGUUUAGGUAUCCUAUGCCACUCUUGCUGUGAAAUUGAAGUGCAUGUAGAAAAAACCUUUUACUAUAUGAAACUUUACAACACUUGUGAAAACAAUUCAAUUUGGUUUACGCACAAUGUAAUAUUUCUCCAGGUAUCAUCCAAAAUUCCCCACAGACAAGGCUUUCGUCCUCAUUAGGUGUUGGCCUCAGCCUAAUCAUCUGGGACUGUUCUAUUAAAUUGCUGCCAGGAUUUUACAUCCAGUUACCUCCACUUUCUAGAACAUAUUCUCUACUAAUAGUACUGAAACCAAUUUCUACUUCAUACAGAUGUUUUUUGCAACAGUGAUUAAAGUUUAUCUUCCACGAGUCGAGUCCUCUUCAGAAAAUGAUUGCAGUUACCCAUUUUGUGUAUUACUAUUUUAACAUUAUUGCUUCCUGUACCUGUACUUCCUUUAAUUGAUUUCAUUCCUUGCCAUGGUGUCUUGCCUCCCGACCCCUCCCCCCCUCAAUAAAGCAAUAUACUGUUACACUGUGGGUUUAUACUAAUCUUAUACCCGGGAGGGGGAAGGGGAAUGGACCCUGGGCUUAAUUUUAUUUAAAGGUCAAAGGAGUUUGUCCUCCUUUUAUAUUGGCGUGGACUCUUUUGGGAGAUAGUGACCAAAAUAAACAUGGUGAUUAGCAAAGAAGACACAUAAAUUUUAUUAGGGUAUACUGGCAGAACUGUUCCAGAAACUGUAUGCCAUUCUGUAUUCCCAUUAAUGAGAUUAGCUUCUCAUGAGUACCAUGCCUUUACUAACUUGCUAAGUGGUUGUGUAAAAGAAUUUUUAUCGCUAAGUUUAUUGGCAAGGAAAUAAAGAUAAAGGUUGUAUUGGAUUUAGUAAGUCAUCUCAGAUGAUUUACCUUAACUUUUGCUUUUAGCAGCUAUCUCCAAUAAUUUUCAUUCACAGUAUAUCAUAAACUUUGGUUCAAAAUGGAGUCUGUCUUUGCCAUGUUAUGACUUAAAGUUCUUUGACUUUGUGUGAUGCAUUAUGAUGGUGUUCUGACUUCCUGGUGUUCUUUCACCAUGGUUUCAUAGGAUCAAGUGAAACUUCCCCAACUGAGAACUGUUCAGGGUAUUCAGACAUACAGUGAAGCAGAAUGCUAUCCAUAAGACAUAAAAUUCCAGACGUUUAUGGGAAAUGACUAAAAAUACAGGCUUUGAGGAGUUGGCAUCUUUUAGGUAUAUUUGCAAAUACUGGGAUAUAAGCAGCUGAGAAAAAGCAAAGUUGACUAAAUUUUGUAUUCUUGUCCUCAAAUUUUUUUGAUUCUUUCUGGAUUGUUGCAGUGAUGUUUUUUUGUUCCUUCCGUAUUUAUAAAUGAAACACUUUUUUUAGUGUUUCUAAACAUAAAAUCUACUUGGUUUGAAAUCAAGUGGUUGGAACACAAAUUUUGACUUUUAUUUUAAGCAUGUUGAUUCAAAGUUUCAUUGAAGAAACUUUCAGUCAAUGGAUCAGUUUGAUUCUGUAAUUAGCACACAGUACCUAAUUAAUGUUUUGUACUGUUUGAGGACCAAUGCUCAAAGUGGAUUUUGUUCUUGAACAGUGUCCCAGUAGAUUUGAUGACAUUUGUUGGCUUGAGGUCUGAUUUUUUUUUUUUCUAAUAGAUUUAAGAUUUCUAUCUAAUGUUGAAAACUGCACAAAUUUGUAUGGAAUAAAGCCUAGAAAAAUUAAAACUGUAGAUUGAAUAGUAAUCAAAAUUAAUCCUAGUGUGUAUGAUGGAGGAGGGAAAAUUUUGGUGCCAUAAUUUCUCUCUUCGUGGUGUUGGACUUAAAUCAGUUGAAAUGUAUUUCUGUACCACAAUUUAAGCUUCAAUAAAAGUUUGCUUAAUUCAU